CGCAAGAUGCAUUCGACAAGAGGCUGGCUGAGGGUUGGAAAGCCAAGGAUUAUACAGCCACUAAGGAGCAAACGAAAAUGGCAAAGCCGAACGUGAAGAAGAAUAAAAAGAAA